ACUACGUGGCUGCGAUUAAAAACUUGAAAGCGAAAGUUGAAAGUUUAAGAGGCUUUGGAGGAUCCGCCACGGGAGGAACCUUUUCGCCAGGAUGUCGCACGCCAUCGACGAACUGCAGGCGAUCAUCGCCGAGCUGAAAACGGAGCUAGAGGAGCCAAAGGCCACCGGGAGCAGCAGUGGAAAUGGAAACAUAAAUAAAAACCAAGUCCGCGAUCGCAUUGAACGCAUGUCCGCCGAGGUGGUGGAUUCCAAUCCCUACAGCCGCCUGAUGGCCCUGCAGCGGAUGAACAUCGUCAAGGAUUACGAGCGGAUCCGCGACAAGGCGGUGGCCAUUGUGGGCGUGGGCGGCGUGGGAAGCGUCACCGCCGACAUGCUGACACGCUGCGGCAUUGGCAAACUGAUCCUCUUCGACUACGACAAGGUGGAGCUGGCGAACAUGAACCGUCUGUUCUUUACGCCCGACCAGGCGGGCCUCUCCAAGGUGGCCGCCGCCGCCGCCACGCUGAGCUUCAUCAAUCCGGACGUGGAGAUCGAGACGCACAACUACAACAUCACGACGGUGGACAACUUCGAUGGCUUCCUGGAGACGAUCUCGCGCGGCGGUCGCAUUGCCGGCCAGCCGGUGGAUUUGGUGCUCAGCUGUGUGGACAAUUUCGAGGCGCGAAUGACCAUAAAUACGGCCUGCAAUGAGCUGAAUCUCAAUUGGUUCGAGUCGGGCGUUUCGGAGAAUGCCGUCUCCGGGCAUAUUCAGUUUAUUCGUCCUGGGGACACCGCCUGUUUCGCCUGCGCUCCUCCUUUGGUGGUGGCCGAGAACAUUGACGAAAAGACGCUGAAAAGGGAAGGCGUUUGCGCCGCCUCGCUGCCCACAACCAUGGGCAUAACGGCUGGAUUCCUGGUGCAAAAUGCCCUCAAGUAUCUGCUGAAUUUCGGCGAGGUAUCCGACUAUCUGGGCUACAAUGCGCUGAGCGACUUCUUUCCCAAGAUGACGCUCAAGCCGAAUCCGCAGUGCGACGAUCGGCACUGUUUGGCCAGGCAAAAGGAGUUCCAGGCGAGGCCGAAACCGAAAGUAGUAGAGGAGGUGAAGGCAGCCAGCGAGGAGCCGCUGCACGCCACUAACGAAUGGGGCAUUGAAUUGGUGGCCGAGGAUGAGCCGGUGGCCAGUAAUUCAACGGCAGAUGAAGCCUCUAAAGUUGGCGAAGGUCUGAGACUGGCCUACGAGGCACCUGAAAAGGAUAAUGAAAAUCUAGGAGCACCUGCAGCCGAAGCAGCGGAAGACGGCGCCAGUUUGGAGGACCUAAUGGCGCAGAUGAAGUCCAUGUGAAUGAUCGCCUCAAUUCCAUACUCUCUAAUUUAUAGACACUUUUUAAUGUAAAGCAUUUCUUUUUUUUGUACUGUAUAAACUGCGUUUUGUUUGUGUGACAGUUGGCCCAGCCAUUUGUGAGGUCUUUGAACAUAAAAUG